GUGCCUGCGUUUUUUUUCUCCCUUCUCUUUCGUUCUUGGUCUCUCAGUGGCGGCAGCUCAGGGAAGCAGCUGCAUGUUUGUCUGCAUCCCAAUUGCCACAGGUAAAGACAGCUGUAUCAUCUGAUGUUGCUAACCCCGAGGGGGGGUUGGGGAGCCUUUGCUGCUGCGGCUGCAAGUUCUCAUCCCGGCGCGGGGCGCACAUUUCUAAUCAUCUUGAAGAACGCAUCCUAGAGGGAACGACGAGCAGAGGACCCCAGCAAACAGACCAACAAAUCACACGCUGACUGGAAAGAGCACAGGCUUCCAGGGACUGAGGAAAAUAUAAUACUUCUCAGAAAAAGAAUCAGUGGGAUAUAUUUUCAACAUUGUGGUGUCCUGUUUACGAUUUUCCUCUUUCCUCGUGUUUUCUAUUCUUUUGCUUUCAAUUCUUUUUGUCUUUCCCAUGCUUCUCAUCCUCUUCCUCUCACAAUUUAUUCCUCUGUGCCGGAAUUUGCUCCCUGCAAAUAGAUGAGAAGAGGCUUUCUGUGCGCUUGCUGCAGUAUUAACAAACAGUACACUGAGUCAGUAGAGAGCUGAGCGGACAGCUUGGAGGAAUCUGAUCCACAGCCGGCUGGAGAAGGAGCAGGAUCACGCGUCGCAGUUGCAGAUUUAUCCGCCCUGUGAUACUGUGCAACAACACCCCUCAUUCUUUUCCCCCCACCAUCCAUCUCUCUGUCCUCAUCUUGAGUGUUAUUUUUUGACUGGAUCAAGAAAAUUAAUUGGAUUCUACUGCUUUAUUUUUAGCCUUAUUGGAAUAUUGUAAAUAUAAAAAAGGAGCAAAGGGAGUUUGGAUUUUUUUAGGUGAAACGGAGGAGGCUGCUCGAAAAGCAAUGGGAGAGAAAGAUUAGCAGAUUAUCAUAGGAGAGUGUUGAAAAGACGCAUAAGCGAUACACGUCUUAGUGAGCACUCUUUUUUAGUUAUGAAAGAGACCGAUUUUGGGAUGUGAAGGACGCUGACUCGGCUAAAGCAGUCGGAACAGACUGCAUCAGGAAACAUUUUCUUUUCUUUUUUUCGGUCCUGCCCAGGGUGGGGAAGCAACUAGACCCACCCUGCAAGUUUAACUCUCUGAUUCGAUAUUACUGUCCCGUCGUGGAUUCUACAUGGAGGGGACACAUUCGGCAUGUUAAGGAAAAGUGUUUUGGAUUCUUUUUCUCCUUUUUUGCUGCAAUGGCAUCCAAAUACUGAUGCCAUGGAUUUCCUACACGUACAGAUGUAAAUCUGUUUCUUCCCAUCCAUCUCUCCCUUCCAUCUCUCCUUGUUACUCCCUAUUAGAGGCAUCACUUCUUCCAUUUUUCCUCUUGUUAACCCUGCUGUGAAGACUAUUGGAGUUCACUGUUGCUUCAGCUGGACAUUGAGAGUUGAGCAGGACUAAACACGGACUAAACACUUACACAUCUAUGCCAGCUCUUCAAUUUUCCUCUGGGUGUCUCUGCGUGUGAGUGUGUGUGCUUGAGCGUUUGUGAUUGUGUGCAUGCAUGUACCUCCUGCACCCUUUUUCCUCUCUGUCCAUCCUUGGAAUACAUAUUUUUGUGUGUGUGUUAUUGAGAGACAGAUUCUGUGGGGUCCAUUCCUUCAAAUUUCCAUUUGUUUUUUUUCUCUGGCCUUGUUGGAAACCUUUCUGCCAUGUGCAAACGAUGCCUAUCACAGAGUUAACCCUUAAUGAGCCAUAAAGGACGACAGGGAAUGAUGAGUGAGUGUUCUGGGGCAGCUGCAUCUGGGGCAGUAAUCCUGGAAGAACCUGAAGGUUCGGGGGCUUCUGCGGGCCGUGGGGAGGGCCAGGCCCAGGAACAGGGUCCCCUUCGCUGUGCAGUUUGGCCUCGCCAGCAGACAUGGCUGUGUGUGGUUCCAUUACUUAUUGGUUUUAUUGGCCUUGGAUUGAGCCUGAUGCUGCUGAAAUGGAUUGUUGUUGGUACAGUGAGGGAUUACGUCCCAACAGAUCUAGUGGAUGCAAAUCGAAUAGGACAAGAUCCCAUCUUCCUCUCCAAGCCAAGUGGGAUUCCCAAGAGCCCCGAUACUACCACUACUACAACUACUCCUACAAUCGAUAGCAGGAACCCCACUGCUAGAACUGCUACUGUGGCAAAAGGUAGAACUCGCACUACUGCUACCACCACAACUAUAAAUGCUAGAGGGGGCGGGGCGUCAGGCAGUCAGGUAACUCCUCGGAAUCCCGGAAGUCGUAAUGGACGCGGACCUUCGGGUUUUACCACAACUACUGCAGCACCACGCACAACUUUCAUAAUUGGAGCUGCAACAUCGAGCUCCUCACCGCCCAAUCCGACGGUUCUUCAUGACUCUACACAGAUGUGGACGGCAGAACAUACUACUACAGAGACGAUCUCCACCACACUCACCACACGUACGCACAGUCACCGCAAAACCCCAUCUCCAACUGUCCCUCCGCUACACUCGGAGCAUUUCAAGCCCUGCCAUGAGAAGGACUUGGCCUACUGCCUAAAUGGUGGCGAAUGCUUUGUCAUCGAGACACUCAGCGGGCCUCACAAACACUGCAAGUGUCGAGAAGGAUACCAAGGAAUCCGCUGUGACCAGUUUCUGCCCAAGACUGACUCCAUCCUGUCGGACCCAAUUGAUCACUUGGGCAUCGAGUUUAUGGAGAGCAAAGAGGUGUAUAAGAGACAGGUGCUGUCAAUCACGUCCAUUGCCAUGGCGAUUAGCCUCCUGGGAACGCUGUGCAUGGCCCUCUACUGCCGCAACAAAAGCAGUUCCCUGUCUCACAGCCCGGACCAGAGAAUGCAGGCAGCCCAUUGGUCAGCUCCUCGCCGGACUCCGCCCAUACCCAAAGGAAGAUUAAACCCAAUUGGAGUUUCCAAGUAUUCUGGCCCCGCCUACCAGCACCUUCAGGAAGUGGACUCAUCUGAGAAGGAAGCAGAAGCACAAAGAGGACGCCGUCAAAGCCACUCCCCACCUCCCCCGUUCCGCUCCUGCUCUAUUCCCAUCAUUCCAUCUGUGCAGUGUCACCAUGACAAUGAGGUGUCUUGCAUGCAAACCACCCCAGCGACCACAACGAUGUCAGUCACCUGUGGGGCCACGCCUUGCAAGGAGGAGAAGAAAGAAAAGGCAGCGCACGCCCCGUCGUUUUCAUCUUCCUGCUCGUCUGCCAUUGGACGGCAGCAGGACGAGGUGGCCCUGCUGCUCGAAGAGGCACAGGAGCAACUCAGGGCGUUGGCGCUGGCUCACAGGAAGCAGGAGGGGGGCGGAGUCUUCACCGGCACCUCAACGGUUGCACUGGUGGAAGCCAGAGAAACUGUUUGCUUCCUGAACGUUAACGGAGGAAGUGCCGGGGCGCUGAGCUGUAACGGACCCACGCAGACCCAGCUACUCAGCCCCAGCCUAUCACACAGAGACCUGGGCCAAACCGGCCAAUGAGAAGGCGCGAUUUAGGACAUUCACUUACUGUUUUACACUGUUUGACAGACUCUGGUGUUCUGCAUCUGUGGGCUGAGAAUGAAAAUGCUGAAUUAAAAAACAAAAAAGAAAAAUGUAAUAUCAUGGAUAAUCUGAAAAUGUGCUGAUGAUAUGCAUACUGUAUGUACACGAGCAUACAAACACUUCCCGAGUGGCCGCCUUUACACCGACUGACAGUAUGGGAAAAGAAAAAAAAAUAUUCACGUGCAUUUAUUUACCAAACAAGAGAAACACUUCUACUUAGACAAAAAGAAACCAAAUAGUCUGUCAAAUCCAUGGUGUUUUUAAUUGUAAAAAGAAUAUAUAAAUAUAUAUAUAAAUAUAUAUGGAUAUAAAUAUAUGGAAUUCAAAAGUGACCAAGUAAAGUUGAAGAACACAGGAAUGAUGUAACUAUUUUUGUUUGUUUUUUUUCGUUCUCUUGGUUUUGUAUUCUCACAUUUUGGUUCUGGCUCGAUGAAGAACUCCAUUAAUGUCCCGCCGCAGGUCCGCGAGUCGUGAAUCGGAUUCUGCGAGCCUGCGCGGAAUCAAAAACGACCAACGAGAAAAAGGAGCCACCACACCAAUUUCACCCCCCUUUGCCUUUUGAAAAACUGUUACCCAGCCAAGAAUUACAACGCAGCCGUCUGUGGUAAUCAAAAACACUUUGAGGAUUUACGACGCAAAACAAAAACUCCCCAGCUUUGUGUGUGCGGGUGUGUGUGUCUGUGCUGGGAAGCCACGAGGGACGAGGCAAAGAAAAACUAGGGUUUUUCCCCAAAUGCCACUCGGAUUUGGGAGGGCAGAUUGUGGAGAUACUGACUCCAGUUUGGCCAGUGUUGGAAACCAGUCUAGAUUAUUUUUGUUUUUAUUACAAAUUAUAUUUUCACACUCAUAUGCACACACGCUCGCCUGUGAAUUAUUAUUUGGUUGCUUGAACGAAUGAACAGAAGGACUGAGAAGGACAGUGGGCUACGGGGCUCUACGGGAGUGGAUGUUUGUUUUGUUUUCCAUUUUUUUGGUUAUUAAUGAACAAUGCUGCUUUCUGGGGCUGAUGGGAGGGACAAACACAUGGUUUUGGUAUUGAAACAAGAAAUAAAUGUCUCUAUGUUGUAUCCUAUGAAUUGGAAGCUUUUGAAUCUCUGUAUGAAGUUACAGCCAAAUGUCUCUGGUGUCACAAAGUAUAAAAACAAUGGUUGCAAUUCUGGUAAAGACUUUU